AUGGAAAUCAAGAACGGUGGACAGAUGGCUAUGAACAGGGAUCAGCAGGAUGGGCGGGCCGAGUUGGAGGAUGCCUUUUCAGACGGCGAUCUUCCCGUACAGCUGCUGGUCUCCAUGCCUGCAAGUUCUGGAUAUGCCCAUUUUAUUUACGUGAGGCGCGGUUCGAAUGUGGCGACGGUGGAGGCCAACAAGGAGGACCUUUAUUCCGUGACCUUGGACUCCCAGAACAUGACUGUGGAGGUUGGGGAGGGCACUGACCGGAAGACGUGCGUGAAGUUGCCCAAAGGCGAUUGUCCGCUGCGCCUUGGCGUUUAUGUGUACAAAGCCGGCGAGGUUGCCUUGAAGGACACUUCCAACUGCGCUGAAAAGAAUUCUUUGGAAGCCAGUGAACCGGAUUCUUCCCCUGAACCCGCAUCCCCCUCCCCUCUACAUAGCCACACACCCUGUCAGAAAUAG